UUUAGCUCACUAUUUUGAUGUGGUGGUAUUCCCUGAAACAUUCACCAAUGAUUCAUUGGCAAUGAAAAGUUUAAAACUCAGUUAAUAAAAAAAUACUGCUGGUGAGACUUUUUUACUUUUUGUUUUGAAUUUCAGAUUGAAUGAGAAUGGCGGCUGAUGCACCAACUAUAGAUACAUCUCUUGCAAACCUGUCAAUUGAAGAGAAUGGCAAAUGUAAUGGCGCUAAUCCCGAAUUCAAAGAGCAAUUUAAAGCAUUCUCGAAAUUUGGUGACACGAAAUCCGAUGGUAAAUUGAUUACACUAUCACAAAGUGAUAAAUGGAUGAAACAAGCAAAAGUCAUCGAUAAAAAAAUCACAACCACCGACACCGCCAUUCAUUUCAAGAAGUUGAAAUCAUUAAAAGUUGGUUUUGUUGACUAUAACAAAUUCCUCGACGAUUUGGCCACGACAAAGAAAGUAGAUUUGGCUGAAGUUAAAAAUAAAUUGGCUAAUUGUGGGUCGCCGGGUCUCGCUCAAAUUUCCAAUAAUGGAAAGGCGGCUGCUGCUAUAAGUCGAUUAACAGACCCAUCGAAAUAUACAGGUUCGCACAAAGAACGUUUUGAUGAAACAGGCAAAGGAAAAGGAAUUGCUGGGCGAAAAGAUAUCGUUGAUAAUGCUGGAUACGUUUCAGGAUACACGCAUAAAGAUACCUAUGAUAAAACACAUUAAUUAUCUUUUUAAGCAAAAACUCAGCCUCUUUCUAUAUUUUCGUGCAACUAUUUUUUAAUGUCUUAUUGAGAGAUACAAAACAUAACCUUUUCUCUUUGAUUGAAUUAUAUAUGAUCGAUUCCUUUAUGUUUAAGUAUCAUUUUUUUGUUUGUUUUUUUUUUUUUGUUCAAAUAAAUAUUUGUAUUUUAACGCUAUAAACAUUCGAAGUGAAAAUCAUGUUUGACCAGAGAUGAAUGAAUCAAUCUCCAAAAUCAUUUUGAAUACAAAGAUUGCAAUAUCUAUUGAAUAUAUCGAGAAGAGAUUAUGUUAUUCGGCGCUUUUGGCUGAGUAAUGUCUAAAUAAAAACAUACUCUCCUCUCGAUAUUUUCAAUAGAUAUAAUCAUGUUCAUAUUCACAUUUAAAAAUAAAACAAAUAGACAUUAACCCUCCUAGGUAUAGAAGGUGAAAAAAUUGAAUAAAAAUCUAAUGGUAAGUAAAUUAAAAAAAAUCAAAAUUUCUCGGGCAGAUUAUUCGUAUAGAAGUUUAUAAUUCAUGUGCAUACUGUUUCUAUCAUAAAAUAAUUGUAUAUGUUGUGGACAUUUGAUAAAACCAAAUCUCACCUAGAACGUAUAGUGGCGGUCCAUUGGAUGACUCAUAUAAACAUUAAAAAAUAAAACAAUUCAAAACUAUCAACAAUGCA